GCCAAGCGUCGAUAGGGUGAUGACUCAAGUCGCAACGACAACGACGGGCUUUGAGUCACCUCACAGCGGAUUUCUUUUCCAUCAUAACCAUUCGUGUUUAGUACUUGACAACUCCCUCCACUUCAUCCAGGAGCCUACUCUCCAAAUUCGAUAGACCAGAGAACAGGCACAAUGCCCCAUCUUCCAUCGGUAGACGCCGAGCCCGGCAAGGUCGAGGAGUUGACCUUCCCCCCCGUCACCAAAGACCACAUCCAAAACUGCUCCUACGACGCAUGGUUUCCGCGAUACCGCAGCUCAUGUCUGAAGUCGCGCAUCAUCCCACUCCCGCAGGUCGUGGUUUCCUAUCUCCAAGAAGACGGCAUCGUCUUGGCCGACGACGACGAGAACGAGGGAGGUGAAGUCGAGGAGGAGUGGCAGGCUUCAGGGUCCAUCGCCGCGGCACGGCGGCCGCAGGACGUGGGCGCGGACGACUCGGAUGACGAAGAGGAUGGCGACGAGCCAGAGCGUCUACCCCCGAACCGGAGGUUCCCCGAGACGCAUCAGCUCAUCAAAGACAAGAUCGCAGAACUGGGCGGCGCAGUGGCGCCCAAGCUCAACUGGUCUUCGCCAAAGGACGCCAAAUGGAUUUCACCACAUCAGAACACGCUCAAGUGCACGACGCCCAACGACAUUUAUUUGCUGCUCAAGUCGUCGUCGUUUGUCUCGCACGACUUGGCGCACGCCUUUGACGGCUGCACGGCCGCGCCGCCCUCCCGUCCCCUGGCCCCGGUGCUCGUACUGAGACCUUUCUUCACACCCCAUGUGGCGCUCGAGUUUCGGUGUUUCGUCAAGCACCGCGCCCUCAUCGGCAUCUCGCAGCGCGAUCUCAACUACUACGCUUUUCUUGAGCGCCUACGGCCCAACAUUUGGCACAAGAUCCGCCGCUUCUUCCGCGAGAAGCUUCGUCUCACCUUCCCGGACGCGAGCUUCACGUUUGACGUCUACAUACCUGAGAGUUCACUGGCGGACGAUGGCUUAGGCAACGUGCGGCUCAUGGACAUCAACCCCUGGGCACCACGGACGGACUCGUUGCUGUUCUCGUGGCAGGAGCUGCUGGACGCCGAGGUGCAGGAUCCCCUAUACGGAUCGGUCCCUUCAGGGGAUGCAGCAGCAGACGUAAGUGACGACGAGGAGGACCACAUCGAGUACAGCCCCGACGCGGCGCCGGAGCUGCGACUCAUAGAGAAAGACGACCCCGCGGCCUUCAACUUCAGCACGCCGCAGUACUCGGCGCAUAAGUUACCGAAGGAGGUGGUGGACGCGAGCAUGGGAGGCCAGGGUGGGCUCCGCGAGUUCGCGCAGCAGUGGAAGGACAUUACGGAGGGCAGGGGAGGAGACCUGUGGAGCCAGCCGGGAGGCCCAAGUGCGUGAGGUACUAGGAGAGGGGAGGCCGAAUUCAACGCGCGUGGAGUGAUUAGGGUGACGGGCAAGAGGCUCAUGGAGGAGGCAGCUCUGUUGUGGCAUUGAGAGGCCAUUGUGUGGACGUGGGAGCUCGCAAGGCUGCAGAAGUGAGUGAUUGGGAAAUAAGCGCUUCAAUCAGGAAGAUAACUCGAAUAGAUGGCAUCAGACCCAAUGAGCGGCUAUUAUGCGUUUGCUAAUGUGAGCUGGCGGG